GCCACACUUUUAUGACUUUUUUCAGUGACUGAAGAAAAGGUUUGAGUUCAUCGAAUUUGAUCAAAAUGUAUGGAAUUGCAAUAUCUUGUUACCUGUCAAUCUUCGGCAUUUUCUACACAGAUGCCAACGAAACCCCUUUCUCUGUGACUCAAGUCCCCGCAUGCCUGACUGAAGUGGAAGGUAUAAAUGUGUCCAUGUAUUGUUCCAUUCCGCUAUUCUCUCACAACCCAGCAGUAGACGUUUACUGGCAGAAAGGCGACCAGGGCAAAACUUUGGAUCUGACUGCGGACCAAAGGAAAAUAAUGUUACCAUUCAAGCAAGGAUCCACUGAGCUCCAACUGGUCAAUCUACAUUUCCAGGACUCUGGAAUCUAUUAUUGCAGCAUUAGGGUCUCUGGCAGGAAGGUUUUCAAUGGAAAUGGGACAAGGCUGAUCGUACAUGUGCCACCAACUCCAGUGAAAAUUGUUCAAAUGCCUGCUCCGUCCCUCACUCUCCGCUGCACGACAGCUCCUUUUUUCCCAGAGGAAAUUCACGUAAUUUGGUAUAAAAAUGAUAUCCUGAUUACAUCUGGGAUCAACGCCACGAAAGUAUGGAAAGAGGGGAGUUUAUUUAAAGUCUCCAGCGUUCUCAAUCAUCUGGAGAGCGGAUCGGUUUAUAUGUGUCAGAUUUCCCAUGUAGCCCUCCAGCUCCCAGCCUGCGUCAGCUACAAGAUUCAGGGCAACGGCAACAAUAACUUUCCUUACGUCUUGGUGUCUGGGUGUGCAGUGGGCGGUUUAAUAAUUUUGUUUCCCGUUGUUGCAAUUCUUGUCAAGCGACGGACAUCAGGCAAACCUGAAGGAACACAGAUUACUGAAGACAUACCAGAGCAGCUGGAGCCGCAGAUUAGGUAUGGGAGAGAAGUGAACAGCCCUUCCUAUGCUGCUCUCAAUUUCAGUGAGCACGGGAAAUCUGCAAAACCCAGGCAUCUGGGAGAGCCAACUAUCUAUGCCCAGACUCAACAAAGUGCUGGCAUUAAACUGAUAUAUACAUCUGUGGAAUUCACCAAUCCGCAGAAAAGUGAAAAAACCAACAAACAGAAAAUGGAAAUGGAAUAUGCAAAGAUCAAGAUAAACAAGCCAAAUGGAGAAUCCCAGCUCGUAUGAAGAAUUGUAAAGUCCAAUAAUGGGCCAGCCACAUAGGGUCCACCAUGCAGUGUCUGAUUAUGGAAACUACCUGUACAGUACAUUAUUGGUUAUUUAGUAGCACAUUGACACAUAAAGGAAUGGAAGGAAUCUGCAGAAGAUUUACUGAGAGAAAGACAUUGGGAAUUGGCACAGCAGCUGACCUUGAAACCUACAGCUUGUUUAAAAGAACCAAAGCAGUACAGUAUUCAUCAAAGUUUUAAAGUGGGACACAUGAAAUGUGAAACACAUUUGUCAUUUCGGGUAGGAGUAGAAGAUGAUUAGUUGGAUGAGUUAUGCAACAUUAUAAAAUAAACCAUUUUUUAUACAAUCAGAGGAGCACUUGACAAUUUGGUCAUCUUCCCUCAUCUCUAACAGCAUUUAGGUUCUAUAAGAAAAUGCUCUUACCAUUCUUUGAAUAAUGAUAUCAACAAGUCCUUAUAUUCCUUUCUAUUUCAUUGACUUAUCUAGCUCCUUCUGCCAUGCACAAAUCAUCAUCUCAAAGACAUUGUGUGGGAGCAAACUGAACCUACAAAGUUUAUUUCCUGGGUAAGCAGAAGAAAAUCAUGACAAGGAGAAUGGUAGAUACUUGAAACCCUUGAACCUUCUACAGCAUGUAUUCGGAAUAUUGCGACCUUCACUGAAAUUUCUUGUUUGGUCCACAAUAUCCCACACUUUGUAGCCCUUGACAGUCUUGUCUAUCAAAUAUCUGCCUAAUGUAUUCAAUGAAUAAAUUCUCA